AUUCCCUUUCUUACAGUCAUACAUCAAAGUUUCAGAUAUUUCAGAAAGGAAUGCACUUUUUAUCGGCUACUUAAUUCCCUUCCUACAAUAUUCAGAUAAUGCUUAGCAAUUGGAUAUCAAUGAAAUAGUUCCUUUGUGAUCAGGGAAUUCUUCUAUCAUAACUGCACAAUUAAAACUAGACAAUCAAAGCUGCAAUCUUACGGAUAAAGUUCCCUUUGAGGUUGUGGAAUUUCCUUGUUGACAAGAACAUCUGUAGAAAUUAGACGUUCAUCUGCCGGUUUGCCUUUUGAUUCUCAUGACGGUAAACUCAUUAAUGGUUGAGAUAUUUUUGUUUCAUCCAUUCAGAUAUCGACAAGUUGCGAAGAAGUUUGUGUCAAAGUUGUUGAAUAUUCUUCAUCGAUCACUCUCCAAGUUGGAUAGCAGUUAUCAGAUCGUUUAUCACUCGACCAAAUCUAGUCUUCAUCACUCGACCAAAAUGAGAGGAUUAAAGUCAGCAAAGAAAAGGGAUGAAUGCCCUGCAGAAGUGGCAAAUAAUUCUCCAUUUGAAAGUCAAUUCCCCAAAUCCAGUGCAACCUGAUCUCCUGCCAUUAAUAUCCUUUCACCAUGCAUAUUUAUACGCGAUCAUCACAUUCCAGUCAUUCACUACAGUGCAAUGGAGGUUGAGUCAGUGAAAUGUGAGUGCUGUGGCCUCAGUGAGGACUGCACUGAAGGCUACAUAUGCAGGGUGAGGGCUACCUUCGAGGGCAAGUGGCUGUGUGGGCUCUGCUCCGAGGCGGUGAGAGAUGAGGACUCGAGUAGCAGUAGCAGCAGGAGGAGGAGGAAGAGCACAAGCAAUGGUGGUGGGGUGCAGGAAGCCAUAAGGGAGCACAUGUUCUUCUGCUCUAAAUCUAAUGCCAACCCUGCAGUCAGUGUGGCUGAGGGCAUGAGGCAGAUCCUGAGAAGGAGGUCCGCAGAGUUCUCGAAUUCGAAUCGAGCAGUUGCAGGGUUUCCAAAGGUCAAACAUGGAGGCAUGGAAAUGGCAUGAAUCUGAAUCUUCUCCAUCUAUCGUGUUGUGUUAUGUAGUUGAACUCUUUCAUUACUGAAGCUGCCAUCUUUAUAAUGGAUAUGAGUAUCUUCCUCACUUUCACCAGUAACUAAUGUCAUUGUUCGAU